AUGUACACGGGGGCAGCUCCGGCUCAGAACGAUGGCAAGACUGCCUACGCACUCACAGUCAAGAACUCAAGUCCGGAUUCUUCUGAGAAAACCCCGCAGAUCGCCUACACCGUCAACAACGUCACGGCGAAACCGAACGCCGAUGGCUCGCGGACGAUUCACUUCGGUGGCGGCGAUACCACUGCGGUGAACUACCUGCCGAUCAUGCCAGGAUGGAAUUACCUAUUCCGGAUGUGGUAUCGCUCGCAACAAGCUGUUCUGGACAACAGCUGGAAAGUGCCACGACGCAGCGCAGCAGGCAACGCCCACCUCCUCGAUUGGACUAAGCGGGCGCUCAACUUUUCAGCAGUGGUUUCUUUAGGGCGAUUUGUCGAAGAUCGUCACGGAGCCGAUUGCUGGCAAACAUG